CCGUCUGAGCCUCUGUAGUCAGGGCUAAAGGACACUGCAGAAUUAUGCCAAAACCUAUACGAUACAAGACUGAAUUUAACAAUAUCCUUUUAUGUAUUUACAUUGAAUAGGUUUAUAUGGAAUAUUUUAAAUUCCAUGUCCUGAUGCGCUUCGUUUUUGUGUUGUUAUGUCAAACAUGAGGAGACAAACUUCAUGGCAGGAGGAUAUAGCCCGAAACUUUUCCAGACUGUUUCUGAGAAGUAAAUCUCAGGAUCACGAGAAAACAGACGAGGAAGAUAUCAGUCCCAAUGGCCAGGAGAACGGAGUCUGCAACCUAAGCAGUGGGCCAAGUGAUGGGGACCCAUCCCUGCUACAGGAGCACCUAUCCAAGGCGUUCCGGAGCACCGAGGAAGAGCUUUACGUAGAGAGGCUGGAUUGGAGGGAAGGAGCAGAGGAGGGAGUAGCAGAGGAAGGAGGACAGAGUGUGUCUCACGAUGCCGGGGCUUCCUCCCAUUACCAGCUCCCCAUCCAGCUCCCUACCGACUCACCCCAGGAGCCUGUCUCCCCACCCACUCCUUUGCCAGUAGAGACCUCCUUCCUCCAAAGGCUAAGCAGCCUGUUCCAGUUCAGGGCUGAAUCAAGAGAAACCACUCAGCCCGAGGAACAAGCGAAGGUAGAGGAUAAGGAGGAGGAGACGGCAGACCUCACAGGAAUGACAUGUGGCGCAGACGGGGACCAGGGACACUCUGACAUCGCCCAGAGCGGGACGCCAACGGGGACGAAAAGAGAGACAGAGGAGAGCGUGGAGAGACUGUCUCUGUCUGGGACUGACCCAGAGAAUUCAUUGUCAUAUCGACUGGUGGACGCGGAUGCACAAACUGUGGAGACCCGCAGAACCUCGAAGGACUCUCAUGCAGGGGAACAUGGGAAGGUGCGGGGGGAGGGCAGGGUGUCUGACAGCGAGGUUCUGAGGGACGGUGAGGUGGCCUCCAACGACCUCCGCCUCCAGACCCUUUCCCAGCCGCCCGUGGUCACGUAUGGGACGUACCGGGGACAGAGGGAGCAGCGCAGGAUGAGGCGAAGACACCAGGUAGCCUCGCCCAUCUUGGAGGGAGACGAGAGCCAGCAGGGGAGGGGCAGUGGGGAGGGUAGCCCCGCGUCCAUGCCCUUUUCUGGGCACCAACAAGGAGGGGAGACCCCAUCUACUUUAGAACUCUCACCAUCUUAUCCAAAUGACAGUCAAACUUUGUUGACCAAUCUCAGCACGGCUCCAGCAUCAGAAACAAACAACAGGGAAGCUUGGACUUUAGAAACAAACUCUGCAGCUUUGGGGCCUACCGGGCCAUGCCAUAGUUUCAGCGACAUUCCAGUUUUAACUCAAAUUUCAGGGUGUAGUGUCGCAAGUCAAAGUGCCUUCUCAUCCUCCAAAGAGGGAGACUCGACUGCGAGGGAAGGUCACUCCACAUACUCCCUCUCCGGGGUGAAAUCUUUCCGAGACAGCCCUCCUGAGCUCUGGGUGGCUCCAACGGCUGGGAAAAUAAGUGUGUCUGUCAGUGAAAGCCCCAGUGUGGAACAGAACCCAGAGAUGGAAGUAGGGGAGGACACAGGCAGGGACAUAGACAAGGCUCUGCCUGAGCACACAGGCACCUCACCUGCACUGUCUGCCCAGACUGGGUCACCUUCGACGGUUGCUGAGUUGCUCAGCGAGCCAGGAGGCGCCGGGGGGACUGCAAACACACACCUGUCUGCUGCUGUUGUCAGCGACAGCCAGCUGGCUCCUCAUCGCAUUUCAACGUCAGGUUCUCUGGCUGAGGACAGUGGGAUACCCAUUCCAACAGCCAUGGUUCCCGACUCUGGGGCUGUACUGGAUGCAUCCUCCAAUGCUGAAGUGAAGCCCUCAGCUUGGAGGGAAGUGGAGGGUGGGGUUGGAACACCUGACAGGGGGCUCUCAGGAGACCAGGACUCAUAUGAGGAGGCCCUUCGCUUGGAGUCUAAAAUAAUGGUUGAUAACAUUCUGAGGAACGCUCUCAUAGCUAUGGAGGGGAUACAGUCAUCCGAAUUCAAGGCAGAGACUCUUCAAAGCACUUGCGAGGAGAGUAAGUGUGCUUUACCAGAAGAGAGUGUGGAAUAUUUCGGACACUCGUUUGAGCCAGAUAAGCUACCUGGGGCUAGUCUGUCAGAAGAUGGACGUGAUACCUGCUCCUCAGCUGCCCCAACAGAACAGGCCCUCUCGUCCUCCCAGGUUAAGGUUGAGGGCAUUAGGUCCACCCCAUCCUCAGGAUAUGAGUCCAUAGCAGGGUCAGACACUGACAUUAGGAGUAGUCCUGGCCCCACUUGGGACAGGAUAUCCACAAUUGGCUCUACUUUGAAAGUCUUGGAUGAGAUGCACGGAGAACGCUGUUCUGAGGGCACCACAGUCAUUGGUCAUCUGGCAGAGGUUAAAGGGCAACAGUUAAUGGAUGUGAGCAAGCUGUCUGUUGUGGAUGGGGCUUCUCAUCCAGACGAUAACAGGGAGGAAGGCAAACUUGGUCCAAUGAGCAGUCAAUGUCCCCAUAGAGAUGGAGGUAUAAGCCCAAUAGCGAGAGCAAGCAAUGAAUACAAGCAAUGCAAGUCAAUCUCAGGAACAACAAAUGAAAACAAAGGUCAAGUGGUCUGCUCUGCGAGGGAUAGUGACAAUAAUAAAGUAGAACACAUUGGAAAUCCAAAAGUAGGGGAUUUGCUAAUCGGUGUAGCCAAAGAUGAUAGAGAAAGCAAUACAUGUUACAAUCAAAUAAAUACAGAAUAUGAUGUUACUCUCCCCAAUAACCUUGAAUAUCCCUAUAAGCUUGCCGGUUCUCUAAAUAACAAUGCUUCACUCAUAGAACCUUCUGGAAGGCAAACGGCAUCUCUUGACUUACCAGUGACAGUUUCAAAUUGUCAAAUACAAAACAUUGACGGGCCAAACCAUGUGACUGUCAAAUCAAAACAAGUGUCGGAAGCCAGGCAUACGAUAGGCAAAGAUGUCACAGAUAUCGAUGACAAAGCCCAAAACAGUGGAGCCGGAAUAAAAGUAUUGAGCCUCCAGAAAGUUCCUUUUACAGAAGACAACAGGCUAAACGACAACGAGGAUCAAAGCUUCGUCCUGGUGGAGACGUACUUAGCAGCAGUGAUCGAAGAUUGCUCUGACUCAGGGGGUGAGGAGGACGGGGCUUGCAGACCUGGGAGUUCUGUCACCAUGAACCCUACUUCCUCACAGAGAUCCCCAGAAGACCUGGUCUCCUUUGAGGUCCUGGCGUCUAUGUCAGCCCCAGGCUUCAGUAAUGGGGACAGGCCUCAGUGGAGCACAGUGAGAGCGACUCGUUACGAUAUCUCUGCCGAGCUUGAGCUCUGUGACUCGGAGACACAGGGACACAGUGCCUCAGUAGCGGCAGGAGGAGGACCAGGAGGAAUGGCAGGGUCACAUUCAGACCUGAGCAGCAGGCUGUCAGGGCUCCAUACUUGGACUGGUCGAAGAGGGGGCCACCUCCCUGACCUGACAGCCUGUGCCGUCCGAGCCCAGGCCUUGGGCCCCCUCCCCCUCCUGGACCUCCACGAGGUAGAGGCUGGGGGUUUCGCCAUCAUCGACGAGGAGGAGGAGACGGACGCUGUGUUUGUCAACAACACGGGGCCCAUGCUGAGCCCCACCAGCAGGCGCGCCAAGGCCUACCCUUUCUCCCUCUCGCCCAUCGUCGAGGAAGACAGUGUCCGCGAGGAGGCCGGGGAGGGGCGGCUGUCGCGUGAAGACAGGGACCUACUGGUGCCACCUGCCACCGAGGAGGAGCUGAGGAGUUUGAGCGGAGGAGGUGGAGUGGAGCAGCAGGCGUCGGCGUCUUCGUUGUCCAUCCUGUCUCUGCUGCAGUCUGUCAGCGAGCGUCUGCAGUCCAGCGCUCUGCCAGACAAAAACCCAGAUGGCUCCUCCUCGCCCCCCUCGCAGCUCCCCCUAUGGGAGUGUUUCUUUAAUAGGGAUCAAGGAGAAGAGGAUGGGGUGAUGGAAGAUGGCAAACACCAAGCAGUCGAUGAAGACCAAAGAUUUCCACUGUACCCUCCAUGCAACAGACAAGAAGUUCUUGAUAAGCGCAUGUUUGGAUCCUUCAGCAGUGUAGAUGGACUCGCAACUGGAUGCGAGGAAAAGGCUGAUUUGUUCAGUCAUCAGCUUUCCGUUCAGAGACCUGCCGACACGCCGUUCUAUAAGUACCUGAAAUCAGCAGCCUCGAUACCACUGGAGUACAACGAAGCUGACCAUGAAGCCACUCAAGUAAAAAAAAACAGCGAGAGGUGCACAUCAUCAAAAACUGAUGAGGAAGAAAAUCUGAGGUUUUUAAAUACCACUCCAAGGCCGACCCUGAUGUACAUCUAUGAAGGCACAUCUUUCUCUGGCGAGAAGAAGGAGAUUCAUGCCGACCUGGAGAAUGCUGGGAUACAGUUCCCAAACGGUGCCUCGGUGCGAGUACUGGGAGGAUGCUGGCUGCUGUACCUGGAGCCUGGCUUUACGGGGCCUGGGGUUGUUCUGGAGGAGGGUGAGACUGUGCUCACCCACCAGCCAGGACAGCACACCACCCAGGACAAGCCCACUGCCAUCACCAUUGGCUCCAUCAGAAGACUUGUCAAGGACGACAACACCCCAGAAAUACAUCUCUCUCGGCCCGGAACGUCAGCACAAGAUACUGAAUGCCUCUUCUCUCAGACUAACAUUCUGGUGACACACAUACCUGUCCACCCGUCAAACCUGAGAGUCCAGUCUGGAUGCUGGCUCGCCUACGACAGUCCCGGUUGUCAUGGGAACUAUGUGGUUAUGGAGGCCGGUGGUUUAUCGACACCUGGCCCGGGUCAAUCCAAGGUCACCAGUGUGAGGUCACUGCGACCUUUGAGAAGGGGGGGACUCAAAGUGAGAAGACCUUUCGAUCCUAAGAUACUGGUGUUUGAACAGACCCUCUUCCAGGGGCGGGGCAGAGAGCUGCUGGGCCACACCCCUCUCCUGGGGACUGCUACUGGACUGAAUGGGGUGGCGUCACUCCGUGUGAUUGGUGGAGUAUGGGUGGGCUACACUGGAGAGGGAUACACAGGGCGGCAGUAUUUACUGGAGGAGGGGGAGUAUGCUGACUGUCAGGAGCUGUGUGGGGCCGAUCCUCCUCUGCUGCUCUCCUUCCGCUUCUUACAGGCUGACUUUAUAGAGCCCUCACUGUCACUCCUGGAGGAAACUGUACCUCCACCAAGAGCCGAUAAGACGAAGAUCUUGGAUCUGAACAUCCCUGAUCUCGAGAAGGCUGGAGCCACUGACAAAACCACAUCCAUAUAUGUGAACAAUGGAGUAUGGGUAGCCUACAGUGAACGGGGCUACAGGGGAGAACAAUGUGUUCUGGAGAAAGGCAGACAUCCUAGCACUCUGGACUUCAGCAGUGGUAACCGGCAACCUGCCAAGUCUGUCCAACCCGUCCGAUUGGAUUUUGGUGGUACUGGAGAACUGACACCAUUGCUAGCCGUGUACAGCCAGCCUCAGUUUGAGGGAGAAGCUAAAGAGUACGAGGGUGAAGUGAUGAACUGUGGAGCCAACACCCCCAGGUCCCUCAGGGUCAUUAGGGGAAGGUCGGAAGAGCACAGUACCACCGUGGCCACACUGGACUUGGUAGACUGGCUCAGAGCACCUGGACAUGGGGAAGGUUUACGGACAUGAUAUGGCUUCAGCACGUUGACAUGGCACAGUUGAGUUGUUCGCCUCCGCUCUGGAGUCCUAACCACGUAGUUGGUUUCACUGAAUUUUCUGUCAACGGUCAGUGGUCCAGUGUAACGAGCCGACAGAGACGAGCCCUGAACUGGCAACAGUGCUAUAACCCGGUCACCUGCUUUGAAACUGCGGCUCACUGCCGAUUUGUCUUAGUGCUGCUUCAUGCGUCUCUGAGCGGACGAAAGAGACCCCUGUGCUAUGGCACACGCGUCAUGAAGGCGGUUACGCAUGUGGUGAACGUACUCAAACACGUUCUUCGGAACCCCCGGUAGGUGUGUCUGCUGAAAGGAUAUUCUCCUUCAUUAUUUGUAACGGACCCCGCGGGGUGUGACCGAAAACUAGGUCAGCAGGGCUGAAACCCAGUGACUCCUGUACCGUCUCCCUUACAGCGAACAACACGAACGGCACCCCCUCGUCCCAGUCAGCCUAGGAGUCCCUGCAGUACUUGCCAGUACUUGGCUUUCCGGGUGGUAUGGACUGGACACCUGAUGUUGGAUAGACAGGUUCCGUAAGACGUGUCUACAGAGCUUGGACAUAAAGUUACUACCCUGGUCUGACUGGAGGACUUUUGGAAUGCCAAACGUGGUAAAGAACUUUAUGAGUGCCUUUGUCACUGCCUUAGCGGUGAUGGUGCGCAACGGUAUUGCUUCUGGGUAACGAGAGGCGCAACACAUAAUCGUUAGGAGGAACUGGUUCCCUGAUCUGGUUUUAAGUAACGGGCCUACGCAGUCAACGAUAACCCGUUCAAACGGUUCCCCCAUCACUGGAACCGGACACAGAGGAGCGCGGGGAAUGACUUGGUUUGCUUUACCCACUACCUGACACACAUGACACGUCUUACAAAACUGCACAACAUCCGACUUUAGCCCUGGCCAAAAGAAGUGCUGGAGAAUGCGGUUGUACGUUUUAGUUAUGCCAAGGUGGCCAGACCAAGCCUGGUCAUGGGCCACAGACAGCAUCUGCUGCCGAAACUGGGCACCACAACCUGGGAAAUGACUCCCCAAUCACCAUCCGCCUCAUGCGUUGUCUAUUUUCGUAUGAGCACCCCGUUCUCUGAGUAGUAGGCAUUUCUCUUUGCCUUAGCCUCCUACGGGGAAAUCACUGCUUUGAAGCACUUAGCCAGACUGUCAUCCGCUUUCUGGGCCUCGCAUACCUUGUCAUAGAUAGCAGACAACAGUACGCUCAAUCCGGCUUUGUCAGCAGCUCUAGCCUUGUCACGAGAUGUGACAUCACAUGGCACCUCGGUACGCUCGAACACAGAGCCUGCCAAAUCCACGACCUCACCCAGCCUACGAGCUUGUGUUCUGGUGACCACACAAGCGGGGAAUACAUGGGGAAAAGCGUUGGACAGCUUGUCACCCUCAGCUCCUGUGGGUGGUCCAUCUAUGACCUCUAGCACGGGGAUCACUUUUACCCCGGCGAUGCCGUUUCCGAGCAGUAGAGCAACACCACUAACAGGCAACUCGGGGACCACCCCCACACGGAAACAGCCAGAGACAAGGUCGGUUUUUAAGUUAACCCAAUGUAACGGCGCGGAUGUUAUACCUUUUCCUAGCCCCUGUAGGAGGACUUGGGACCCCACAGACGUGCGUUCGGACCACGGCAGCACGCUGGCAAGGAUGAGAGAUUGCGCAGCCCCUGUACACAUUAA